GUUCACACACAGCUUGCCCAUCUGAUUGGCAACUCCGUAAUCAACCCGUCUUUGUGAUUGAGAUAAAGUGAUAAGGGAAUUAUCAUUUCCCUUUAGGUGUGAGUGUUAUUCAUAGAAAGUAUCGCGAAAGUGAAACCUUCCAAGAUCUUCGACUGGGUCCUACAACCUCGUGCCGUGCUGCGUAAGACAAGAAUAGCCAGCGAAUCGUUACUUAAGGAGCACCGCGAUACGAGUAUUUUCCUGAACGCCGAGGAAGAUAUACUAUGUCCGAAAUGGAUUCGUCUCGGAGACCUGCCAACUCACUUGACGAGGAGACAGUGGGAGGAGCAGGACCUUCCUGCCCGUCUCGGGUGCCUCCUGACGGCGGGUAUGGGUGGGUCAUCGUUUUCGCUGAUUUCAUCGUCAAGUUUGUGACGGGCAGCAUCAUGCCUUGCUUCGGGAUCGUUUACGUGUACUUGGUGCAGAGUGGUUACACCAACGCGCAAGUUGCCAUCGCUCCAGCUAUCAUGAAUGCAUUGACUAACCUCCUAGCUCCUUUCAGCACGGCUCUCUCCAGGUAUUACAGCCACCGACGACUGGUGUGUUUGGGAGUCGCCCUGGUGGCAUCUGGCCUUUUCAUCUGUUCCUUCAGCAGUCACAUAAUACUCUUUUAUGUAUCUUAUGGAGUUGUCAUAGGGACUGGCACAGCGCUGCUUUCGCCUCAAGGAUUUCUCGCAUCUCAGAAGUACUUCACCAGCAAACGCGUCACCGCCAAUAGUCUGCCCAUGCUCGGGACCUCCAUAGGUUUCAUGACAUUUCCUAUUCUUUUGAAUCAUUUCGUUCAGGAAUAUUCUCACAGAGGCUCCUUUAUUUUAUGGUCUGGUAUUGUGCUUCACGGCUUUAUUGGAGCAUCUUUGCUCCAUCCAGUGGAAUGGCAUAUGAAGCCGAACAAGACAAUACCUUUAAAAGUACUCACCAGAAGGAACACAGCUCCAGACAUGGACGGCCAAAGGUGCGCUAAGUAUGAUAGACAACAGAGGAACUCUCUCAGGAGUUCUGUGAAUGAUGAUGAUAGCAAUGAGGACUUAUCUGUUUGUGGAGACGAAUCUGAUCUGCCAGAACUUGAAAAGCCUGGAAGCGUGGGCGAUUUGUUAAAUAGAAGCAUUAGAAGGAAGAGUGGAAGAUCCAGCAGCCUCAACAAUGCGCGCCAAAUCUUCGGCUCAUCCAGCAAUGUUGAUGCUUUCGGAAGUUCAAACUCAGCGCAGAUGGAAGCAGGAAACGUGGAACUCCAAGAUGCUGGAAGCGUUUGCUGUGGUAUGACUGUGCCGCAUUUCAGUGAGAUCUUCAACUUCACCCUUCUCAAGAAUCCAGCAUUUCUCAUAUCGUCAUGUAGUAGUGUCAGCAACAGAAUGGUGUACAUGUGCUUCGUGACCUACCUUCCGUCGAUAUCUCAGGAUCUGGGCCUGAAGAGGGACACGCCUUAUCUCAUGAUGUGCAUCGCGGUAUUCGAACUCAUUGCUAAUGUUACAACAUCAAUCAUAAGUGACAGGUGCUUCAUGCCGAGAAGAUAUUUCAUCAUCUUUGCCUCCACGGGAGCAUGUAUCAGCUGUUUGUCCGUGACCUUCUCACGGGACUUCUGGAGCCUCGCCCUCUGCUGCUGCGGGUACGGGUUCUGUGUGGGGAUCAUAAUAUGUGUUGGGCCCGUCCUCUUGGUCGAGUACUUGGGCUUGGAACUCCUGCCCUACUCGUACGGCCUCCUGCUCUUCAUGAACGGCUUUUCAGGACUCGUCAUCUUCACUGUGACUGGGUUGCUGAAUGACAUGGCAGGCAAUUACGUCACCACGUACAUAGGGCUGAGCUUCUUGUCGUUGGUUGCCGCUGUCUUGUGGAGCUCUAUCAACCUCUGUUACAAUGCCCUCGAUUCAGACCACUCAUAAAUUCUAUAGGAGUGAUCUCAUUCCAUUGCGCAAGUGUAAACAAUGGCUUGUUGCCUGUCAGUAGUCUGGAAGAGUGGUUAUAAUAAGACUAUAAUAAUACUGCUCCAGUCACCUGGAAUGGUUAAACCAAGAGGCCUUUACCCUUGAAAUGCAGUUUUGCCACAACUUUGAGAAAGUCCAACUUUCAUUGCCAAUUUUAUUUAAGUCAGUUACAAUAAGGGUAGACAUACUGAUAGGAUAAGGGCCCAAAUUUUAGCAUUGUGGACAGAAACAUGACACAGUAUCGUCUCACCUUCCAUUCUAUUCUAGGCAUCAAUGAUCCUGGUAGUCACGACGCCAGACAAUUAUUAAUUAUUAUUCAUUCAUUCAUUCCAUUCCGUUCUUAAUUUGACUAGUUGUGGUAUCACUAUGAGCCAAGAAGCAACCCCAGUUGGAAAAGCAACAAGCUACCCCCAGGGGUUCUGGUAGCAACCCAGCAAGGGAAAGAAAAAUAGUAGAGAAGAAUAGAGACUGUAAGGGGAAAAAACCCAGAAAACCAAGGACAAAACAUCUAGAUUAUGAAAUGCAGCUCAUGUGAGUCUACUUGACAACAAAGCAUUAGGAUACAGUUUGAAUGUCUGAAGCUCCAACAAUUCUACUGCAUGAUUACAAAGGUAAUUCCAUACUUUGUUGCAGCUGGAAUGAAAUUGCCAGAGAAAAAGAGAGGUGCCGAACUGUAAACAAGAAAAGAUAAACCUAUUAAAAUUAACAGCAUGUUUGGUACUACAGGUGGAUGAUACACUUUCAGUUUGAAGCCUUUUCUGUAUUCUAUGGUAAGAAGAAUAACCGCUACAGGAAAUGAAGAAUGAGGAAGUAUUAUCAUUUUUAUAUUAGACAUAAAAAAACCGUCAUAAUUUCUAUAGCAGCUCAUUUCUAAGCGCAAGACGUUGCCGUCUCAGUUAAAGAAAACGGAGUUUUGAGAGAGAGAGAGAGGCAGAGAGCUUGAAUGUUGUUGAGUUUGAAUAUUCAUCCCAAUUGGGCUCCGCAAUUCCUAUAGUGGAUUCACAUCAGCUGUGCAUCUGAUUGGCUGUUGAUAAGCCAAACACAGGCUGGAAACUGUUAGUCUUGCUCGAGAGUUCUUAGAGGCAGGAUGUAUGUUCGGACCGCUUUCAAAAAUUAAAACUUUCAUUAUACCUCAGUUUUACCUGCAGAAAAGGAGUUUCCGAAAGUUCUAGACAGAUGAUUUUACCAUAGGGACAUUUUGGCUCCAACACAUUAAGCCAUUCUCGACCUAAAAUAGAGGCUAAAUGCCAAAACAUAAAAUUUUAUUUCUGUAAAGUACAAAACAAAUGAAGGUCACACUUGAGAAAAAUAAAAAUGUUCACUAUAGAACUUGUUUGGCUGUUCUGGAUGAGGAUCAGAUUCUCUACGAAUAGUCUCUAGCAAUUACUCUGAGUAGAUAAUGAUGCUUUUCUUCUUUUAAUAAUUCUUGCCAGUUGCUCAGUGACAACUGUAAUUGAAUCCUCCUCUUUGAGUCAUCAGUUGGAUGGAGAUGCCGAGUGCUGGAAUCCUGUAAUGCCAUUGCUUUGCCUGAAGUGGUACUGCCAUAUAAUUCCAACGAACCAUUCUUUCAUGACAAAUGUAUGGGUAUCUCGUUGUUUGUACAACAGCCAGUUGGCGACAAUUGCCCUCAGUUUUAAUAACUUCAUUUUACUGCGAAUUUAAUUUCACCAAGUUCAUGUUGCUAAAUGCGCAGCCUACAUCAGUAUAUAAUUGUGGUAAGAAUACACGCAAAGAGGUAUAGGUAAGUAUAAUAUUCAACUGUAGGAUCUCUGCAAUUUGAGAGUACUGCGGACCAGCUAGUAUUAUUACUUCCACUGGAAAUCACUUGAUUAGGGGAACUUGCAUCCACUAUAAAAUAAACUUGCAAACUCAAUUGCAUUAAGAUUACCAGUCAUCAGUCACACUGAAAAGUAAAACAGCUGCAACCCAAGUAUUGUCGGGUAAGUGUUAGUGAAGUUGUUCUAUCAGUUCAAUGACAAACUGUAUGAGCCUCCCUUGCUUGUUGCUUUAAUCUGUAUGAAAAUAUAAUUGUUUUUCUUCUGCAAGUUUCUUUAUAAACUCAAAACUAAAGUAAUGGAUCGGAUUCAAGUAUUUUGAGUGCUUUGUAUGGCUUCAUUUUCUUCCCUGGGAGUCAUAUUUCCGAUUCCGAAGAAUCAGUCAAUGAAUCUGGGUCUCUUAGCAGUUUUUUAUGGGUCCUGCAUUGUUGUUUCAGAAGUAUUGUUGACAGCUUACCUUUCCAAGAAUUGUUUGAGAACUGAGAGAGUUAUGUGAUUUGUUUUAAUUGUCAUCAGGUACUGAAUAAAACAGAUCUGCCGUUUAACAUGGUUUUUCUGGCCUUUCUGGUUGGACAUGCGCACUAUGUUUAAUCCACUGUUUCAGAAUACUCCCUGCAGCACUCCAGUAAUAAAACCACUUAGUUUGGCUCAACUGCAGAGAUGGAAAACCAUCCCUGAUUGUUUCAUGCAUUUGUUCGAAUUUCAUCUGCCCUAGGGGCAACUAGGAAAACCAACCAUAUGUCUCUUACGAUCAUAAACUCUGUUUCGUGGCAAUGUUGUACAGUAAGUACGUGAAACAACUAAUUGGAUGGAGUGGCCCACACACUUUAUAACCUACUAUGAGAUUCAGGGUCUCUGUAACACGGUUUUUUUUACUUUGCUCCUUGUCAAAGCAUCGGAUGUAGCUGAAAGUUGACAAAUGUAUAUUUUACAACCACACACAAAUUUUGUCAGCAUUAUCAAUAACCUAAACCCGAUAGUUUUAAUUUUUAUAGAGUGAAAAUGCUCUAGCCGACGCCAUGGCCAAUGAUUACGAGCCAAGAGUCGAAAAACAUUCAUUACGUAAGCAAGGUAAACACACCUUUUGACGAAAUGUUGCCCCGCCCAUCCACUAGACAUAAACUCCAUCGGCUCUGAAACCCAAAGACUUUAUGAAUGGCGGAACGAUACAUAGAUGUGGGUGGGGUAUCAGUGCUAGCGUAGUAAUACUAUUGUAGCAGUAGUGCCGCAAAAUUAAUAAUAGCAGCAAUAUACAUGAAUUAAAAGUUUAGGCCAACUGCUGGGAUCCCUGAAGAUCAUUUAGCACUUCUUACAACUAGUCGAGAAAUUAGUUUUUAUAGACAGAUGUUAAAUUUUCUAAUCCAACAGUGCCCAUGGUAGCCUUCAGUGUUAUCCUGAAUUAUAACGAGGCGAAAGUGGGUGGAGCCUCAUGAAGCCAUCAUUCUGACGAUAAUUAAUGGUGAAGGUUUAAAGCCAAUAUACGGUACCGGCUAUUUUUUUUUUCAGUAAAUAGGUAGAUAGCCAAUAAAUAAAAAUUGCUUGACAUUGGAUAUAGCAGUUAUCAAAUCAAGCUUGUCUACUAUGUUUUUGAAAAUUACCAGCUAUUCCCUACAUCUUGUCAAUCUGAUUGUGACCUAUAAAGUAGACUGUAAUUUCUUAGGAGGCCUAUUUUGGGAGUUAGACUAAUAAUCGUAGUGUUUUUGUAUUUAUUAACAUAUUUUGUUGGUUUGUUAAUUAUGACAAUUAUCAGUGGAGAGGUUCCAGAGUUCAUAAAGGUGUACUGCUUUGCUUGUAUUUAAAUUUGUAUGUCAUCGUUGCCAGAGGUAUAGCCUUCGUUACGUAUAGCCAAUCAUCUCUCAAGAAAGAGGGAAGAAAUGCUGUCAUAAGUUACGUAACGAGUGCGUUCGAAACCUUUUCUCUGAGUAAGUUGGCCCGUCUUCAAAAAAAGUCACUUUUACAUUAUAAGUACCAAAUUUAUUCAACCUACGUAAAGCAGAAUACAGUCAAAAUUUAUGUGUAGAUAUAAUAUGUAUUCUGAAUAAGCGUUAUAUUUAUGAAAUGCAUAGAUAAAAAGUUAUAGCGAAAAAACCGUGUUACAGAGGCCCUGAAUCUCAUAGUAGAGAUGUGCCAGUCUUGUCAGAGCUCUGUUGUUAAGCUCAGUCAUUUCAGAGGCAGUAUUACCUUCAAGUGUUCGUAGAUUUUAUAUUUCUGAGACCUUUCCAUAGAACAGCAUUUUGGCUGCUUCACAGAUUAACUGCAUUACAUACUUUCAUUAAAGUUAUAUUAAAAAUGUUGCAACAAUGCUUUUCUACUGAUAAUUCCUCACAUCUUUGAGAUUAUCACUUAUCUCCUCGAUAAUUACGCACACUUUUCUGCCACCAAUAUCAUAUUACAGGUCUUCCAUGAAAUAUGGAACAUAUACAGCCACCAACAAAACCGGUGUCGCCCCGCCAAACCUGGCUCGGAGGGCUCAUGCCCUUUUUGCCCUGAAAGGUGGCCUUCGUUCAGACAACCAGUACAUAGUUAGAAUGAAUGGUUCGAAUGGGAGGAGGAGGAAAUUAUGAUAAUCAGGCAAAGAAAUGCAAUAAUGAAUGAAAUAUAUAAGGACAAAAGAGAGAGAGAGAAAAGAGAAGAGAAGAGAAGAGAAGAG